AUGCAGAACAGCGAGGAGUUGACGAGGCAAAACAGUUCCUAUAAAUGCGUGAUAGAUGAGGAUGACAUAACCCUGGCUUCUCCAGAAUACUUUGAGUUGGCUCUCAGGGGUGAUGUUCUGGCUCUGCAAAACAUCAGCCAGAAUCACCCAGAGCACCUGAGCGUACGGGAUGACAGCGGCGCCAGCCUCCUGCACCAUGCGACUUCAGGCAGGAGCCUGGACGUGAUCCGGUUCAUAGUGAGCGUGCUCGGCACUGAUGCACUAAAUGCCACAGAUGAGCAGGGCAGGACACCUCUACACUGGGCUGUUGAGGAGAACCAGGAGGACAGCUGCGCUUUGCUACUGGAGCUGGGGGCUGACCCCAACAUCCUGGACACAUCCCUCAAUGCCCCACUGCAUCUGGCUAUCAGUCGAGGACACAACCACCUGGUGGAGGUUCUGGUGUCCUGCAGCAAAACAGAUGUCAACCUAGAGGGGGACCUUGGGAACACUCCUGUGAUGCUGGCAUGCUCCCAUAAUAACUGCCAGGCACUGCACAUACUCUUUAAGCAUGGAGCAAAGUUGUGUCACCAAAACAAGCUGGGCCAUUUUGCUAUCCAUGCAGUGGCUUUCGCAGGUGCAAAGGAGGCCAUGGAUGUGAUCCUUAAAAAGGGUGAAGAAAUGGGCCAUGCUGUUGAAACACACAUAAAUUACUUGGACAAGUCUAAAAGUAGCCCCCUUCACUUGGCUGUUCGUGGUGGAAACACUGAGGUCAUCAAACUAUGCAUCUCUAAAGGAGCAAGAGUUGACCAGCAGCAGUGCGACAAAUCUACAGCACUUCACUUUGCCUGCACUCAGGGUGCCAUGGAAGCCGUCAAACUCAUGCUUUCAGCUUAUAACAGAGUGGAGGACAUCAUCAACAUCAGAGAUGGCGCUAGCCAGACUCCACUUCACAAAGCAACAUUAUUUGAUCACGUUGAACUGGCUGAAUAUCUCGUGUCAAAGGGGGCUGACAUCAACUGCAUUGACUGCAAGGGUCUGUCACCGCUGCUUCUAGCUACAAGCUGCGGUGCCUGGGCAUGUGUGACAUUUCUACUGUCAAAAGGCGCUAAUUUCAACAUAAAGGACAAAUCGGGACGGAACUUCCUUCACCUUGCCACCUUCCAGCCCAAAGGACUGAAAAACAUUCCUGAGAAUAUUUUGCAGAGCAAUGCAGUGAGAGAGUUAUUCUGUGAUGAGGACAGUGAGGGUUGUACUCCUCUGCACUACGCCUGCAAACUGGGCAUCCAUGACUCUGUCAAAAACAUGCUAGGUCUAAAUAUCUGCCUAAACCGCAAAUCAAAGCAAAAGAAAUCAGCGCUUCAUUUUGCAGCAGAAUAUGGGCGCAUUAAUACAUGCCACAGACUGCUGGAGAGUAUCAGAGACUCCAAGCUGCUGAAUGAAGAGGAUGAGAAAGGUCUGACCCCACUCCACCUGGCCUCCAGAGGAGGCCACACUAAAGUCGUGGAACUUCUGCUCAGGAGAGGGGCUCUCUUUCAGAGUGAUUACAAAGGCUGGACAUGUUUACAUCAUGCAGCGGCUGAGGGAUAUACUCAAACCAUGAAAAUUCUUUUGGCGGCAAACGUCAAGCUGCUGGACAACACCGAUGAGGAUGGGAACACAGCCCUGCAUAUAGCUGCAAGAGAGGGCCAUGUGGCAGCAGUUAUACUUCUGCUGGACAGGGGGGCUGAAAUUAUUCUCAACAAAAGUGACUCCUCCUUCGUUCACGAUGCAGUGCGGAAUGGUAAAAAAGAUAUUGCCAAUGCUGUCAUCGACCACGAGAGGUCGGAAGAGGCCUUGAAAAGGUUUAGGGUAGGCUCCCCGAACCGUUGCGUGGUACUGGACCUAAUCGAAUUCCUCCCAGAGUCUUUCAGGCACCUUCUGGACCGCUGCAUGAAAGAGUCAGAACAUGAUGCUAACAGUGCCGACUACCAUAUUGAGUAUCAUUUUCACUGGCUCCAGGCUCCCAUUCAGGCCAGGAAGCUUGCUCAAAAUGACAAGUCAUGGAAAUUUCAGCCACUCAUUGCACUGAAUGCCAUGGUGCAAUUUAACCGCAUUGAACUCCUCACUCAUCCAGUAUGUCAGAAAUACCUAGAGACGAAAUGGGUGGCCUAUGGGAGCAAAGUUCAUUUACUCAAUCUGGCCAUCUACCUGCUUGGCCUGCUACCUCUGACCUUUCUUAUUGUGAAUCUGAGGCCAACCCAAAUCAACUCUACCAAUGGAACAUCUGUCACCCUGAAGCCAGUAUCCUUCAGAGAGCAAAAUUAUUUAAUCUCAGCCUGUAUGCUUAUGGUCCUCAUCAUGAACAUAUAUGCUAUAUGCAAAGAAGUGGUGCAAAUGACUCAGCAGCGCCUGAGUUACUUCUUUGACACCUCCAACCUGUCUGACUGGGAAACAGCCAUCAGCUCUCUGGUCUUUGUGGUCCCCAUGUUUUUCAACAUGAGCUGUCGGUGGCAGUGGGAAGCUGGUGCUUUAGCCAUUCUUUUUGCAUGGGUCAACUUUCUCCUCUAUCUGCAAAGGUUUGAGCAUUUUGGGAUAUAUGUAGUGAUGUUUGGUGAGAUCAUCAAAACGCUGGUCAGCAUUAUCGUUCUCUUCAUAUUCCUGUUGCUGGCAUUUGGCUUGUCCUUCCAUGCUCUAAUGCUCCAUCGUUCUGAGUUUAGUUCCAUGAGUUUGUCACUGGCACAGACCUUCGUGAUGACUGUUGGAGAGCUGAAUUAUCAGAACAACAUCUUUGAUGCCUAUGAGAAUGGACUGCUGGCUUUUCCUGAGAUUACCUACUGUGUGUUUGUUUUAUUUGUCCUCCUCAUGCCUAUUCUUCUGAUGAAUCUAAUGAUCGGUUUGGCGGUCGGCGAUAUUGCUGAGGUGCAGAGAAAUGCCUGUCUGAAACGCAUUGCGAUGCAGAUCAGUCUCCACACUAAUCUGGAGGAGAAACUGCCUUACUGGUUCAUGAAAAGAGUGGACAAGCCAUGCCUCACGAUUUAUCCCAACCGAAAGUGCUCUGAAGGAGUUUGGCAUUUCUGGAAAAACAGGGAGGCCACUGUUAUUCGCACUCGCCUUGUUGCCAACUCUCACCAGCACAGCCCUCUGGAGCAUGAGAUAAGAAAACAGAAAUACAGGCUGAAGGAAAUGUCCAGUAUGUUAGAGAAGCAGCAUAACCUCUUAAAACUAAUCAUCCAGAAAAUGGAGAUUACAUCCGAGGCUGAUGAAUAUGACGGGCCCCAAGAGAUCAGUCGCCCUUGUAUGUCACAGAAGUCCAAGUGGAUACCGCUUAUCCAAACGUAUAUGUCCAGAAAGUGA